AUGGAUUCUUACGAGCAAAACAGCGGAUCGCCCACCCCGCCAUUUGAUGACAACGCGUUUUCGGAAGACUUUUCCGAGGAAGCACAAGAUUCCUUGAACCCACCAACGGUAGACUUUUACGGUGUAUUGAACGUGCCCAAGGAGGCUACAGACGAACAAAUCAAAGAAGCAUAUAAGCGAUUAUGUAGAACGUUUCAUCCGGAUAAACACAUAGACCUGGAAAAUAAGAGAACCGCUGAGACCAACUUUCAAGUAAUACAGCGAGCAUAUGAAGUUCUGACGGAUCCUACCAAAAGGGCAAUAUAUGAUAUGUUUGGAGAAGAAGGGUUAAACACCUCAUGGGAAGUUGGGACUCGGUUGAAAACCCCACAAGAAUUAAGAGAGGAAUUUGAAAGGCAGGCAAGAUUAAAGAAAGAGCAUGAUGUGGAAAACAUGGGUGACAUUCAGCUGAGUAUUGAUGCAACUCAGUUGUUUGAUCCGUACGAUAGUGUGCCUUAUCAACGCAAAAAUGUAUUUGGCCUUUCAAGCAUUUUUGAAAAUAUUGAGGUUACCCAACUAUUUAUGAAGCAUUCAUUUGAAACUCAAUUAAAACCGCAAACACAAGCUUUCGUUGUUGGUCAAACUAUUCUAAGAAAUGGAGUUGGCGGUGGGAAUAUUGCUGGAAGCAUACGACACACAUUUUCACCACACUUUUGGGCUGAAGUCGGAUCAUCGGUGGUUCAGCCAAGAAUCACGACUGCAAAAGCAAAUUACAAUUUUGGAGCGGAUGGCUUUUUUACAGUAACUGCGCAAUCUCAAAUGAUCAAUUCUCCACCAAUUUUAUCUUUUAUGGCUGGUCGGCGACUCGGUGAAAAUACAUCUGGCUACCUCUCAUACAAAACUGGUACAUGGUCUUUGGGUCCUUGGGGCCAAAAUGACUUUUCAUCUCGUCGCGAAAGAUCAUCAGCAACCAUUGGAAUCAAUAGUUCUAUGGAAAAAUCUGUAUAUGGUUUAGAAAUCCAGGCAUGUACCGGCUUAGCACAUUCAUAUAUUUCUGCCAAUUACAAUCGCAAAUUACUUGAUAUUUAUCAAAUCAGAGCAGUAACUACUUUAUCAACGUCGAGUGGUCUGAUUGCCAUACUCCUUGGUGAACGUAAAGUUGCAGAAAAUACAAAGUUGGCGAUUGCUAUUGAGUUCGGAAUUCCCAGUGGGAUCACUUUUAGAUGCAGGCUAUCUCGUUUAGGGCAAAGAAUCACAGUUCCAAUUCAUGUAUCAUCAGAAUAUAACCUCAAAUUUGUAUUUUGGGGGACUUUGUUGCCUGUGAUAACAAUCUUUGCUAUUGAGCAAACUAUUUUGGGACCAAGACGAAAGAAGAAAGCAGCUGAGAAAUUAGCCAUUCUUCGCGAACGCCACGCAGAGUUUAUUUCUACUCGUAAGCGUGAGGCCGAGGAAGCAAUACGGCUUUUGCAACCUUCCGUAGAACGUAAGAUAGAAGCUGAAAUGAUAAAGACAAACGGUCUUAUCAUCCUAGAGGCCUGGUACGGCAAUUUUUCACAUAUAAAAGAAGCUUCGACGGAAAAUCAUUAUGACGACGUUUUUGAUGUCAAAAUACCGAUUCAGGCACUGGUAUUUGAAUCUCAAUUAAUUAUUCCUGGAGGCCGUUCUAAGUCGAAUAUCAUUGGGUUUUAUGAUCCAUGUAUGGGUGAACGCAAACAACUAAAAAUAAAAUACUAUUUUCAACGAAAACUGCAUGAAAUUAUAGCAGAAGAUAAGGCUCCUGUAGCAUGCCCUUUAAGAUAUAAUAAUUGUGUAGAGCAACCUUUCAAGAGAUAUUUUCCUGCUGCAACUUUACCUGAAAUUAUAAAGUCUUAUCCGAUAAUGAGGAAAGGUGUAACUUAA